AUGACUUCGUUAUCAAGGGAGUACCUUCUGAAGUCGCUGAUCAACCUCCUUCCAACCGAGGAGCAGAUGAAGACGGUUGGGCUGUUUAUAAGAACCUUCAAGAAGGACUACAGGGCAAUAGUGGACGGAUGGAUGUUUGUCUAUGGAAAGUCCAGUGCAUAUCAUAAGCUGAAUCUGCUGUAUCUUGCAAACGAGGUUGUCCAGACAACAAGGGAUGCCGAUCCGGACUCCAUCGAGCUGAAGAUAAUGUUCAAGAAGGCUGUGAACGAGGUGUUUGAGGAGACAAAGAAGGCGACGAUGGAGAACCCCUCUCUUUACAAGAAGUACUGCGAGCUGGAGAAUGUGUGGGUCCAAAGAAAUGUCAUGGUGAUGGAAAGCCACGGAAUCAACCUGGGAGAAUUGGUCAGGAGCAUUGAAAAGACAUUCAAUGACAAGGCCAAGCUGUCUGCAGUGCUAAAGGAUGCCCUUGCUAGGAUCCAGAGCUCCAGCGGGGGUUGA